AAAAACAAGAGAAAAGAACACCACCAGUGUGUGUCUGAAUGUGUGUGGGAAUCAGUUUCACAAACCUCUUUGAUUGUGUUUUGGCUUCUCUUGCAAAGAACACAACCUUUUUUGAGGUUUAAACAUUAAAAAACCAGCAAAGAAAAGUGCAAUGCUAUUUGCUGGAAGGUGUUGUGCCCCACAACUGCACGCUUUCUGCUCAACAGCAAUAUAUACGCACAUUCUCUCCACAAGUUUCACAGCCCAAGUGCUUCACCAUUCUUCUUCUUCUCCAUCAUCCCUUUUAAGUGUUUGUCGAAAUUCCACUGAGAAUGACAAUGGCUGCAGCUUUAUUUCUAGUUUUGAGUUGUCUGAUGGGAGUUAAGUCUUCCUAUUUGCUGCCGCACCCUGACAAGAUCACUCAGUUGCCUGGCCAACCACCUGUGGAGUUCCAGCACUUCUCUGGUUAUGUUACUGUGGAUGAAAAGAAAGAAAAGGCUCUGUUUUACUAUUUUGUUGAGGCUGAAAUUGACCCACUUUCAAAACCUCUGGUCUUGUGGUUGAAUGGAGGGCCUGGUUGCUCUUCUAUUGGUGUUGGUGCUUUUUCUGAGAAUGGACCUUUUAGGCCAAACGGACAAGUUUUGCUCAGAAAUGAGUACAGCUGGAAUAGAGAGGCAAAUAUGCUGUACUUGGAUACACCUAUAGGAGUUGGAUUCUCUUACUCAACUGGGGCAUCCUCCUAUGUAACAGUGAAUGAUGAGAUGACAGCCAAAGACAACCUUGUGUUCUUGCAGCGGUGGUUCCUCAAAUUUCCUCAGUAUAGGAACAGUAGUCUGUUUAUAACUGGGGAAAGUUAUGCAGGACAUUAUGUACCUCAACUUGCCAAGCUAGUAAUCGAACUCAACAAGAAGAGAAAGAUGAUCAAUCUGAAGGGAAUUGCACUGGGAAAUCCACUACUAGAGUUUACGACAGACUACAAUUCAAGGGCUGAAUACUUCUGGUCGCACGGGCUAAUAUCAGACUCAACAUACAACCUCUUCACUUCUGUUUGCAACUAUUCGAGAUAUGUGAGGGAGUAUUACAGAGAUUCUCUUUCAGUUCUUUGUUCAAGGGUCAUGAGCCUUGUGAACAGAGAAAGUAGUAGGUUUGUGAACAAAUAUGAUGUUACAUUAGAUGUCUGUAUACCAUCUGUGCUCUCACAAUCCAAGAUCAUUGCUCCUCAGCGUAAUUCUGAGAGGAUCGAUGUAUGCGUGGAAGACGAGACUGUAAGUUACUUGAACCGACGAGACGUACAGAAAGCUCUCCAUGCCAGGCUUGUCGGAGUGCGCAGAUGGGAUGUUUGCAGCAAUAUAUUGGACUACGACAUGCUCGACCUAGAGAUACCUACUAUUUCCAUCAUAGGAUCACUCAUCAAAGAAGGAAUUCCGGUGCUAAUUUACAGUGGGGAUCAAGAUUCUGUAAUCCCAUUGACUGGAAGUCGCACUCUGGUUCACCGACUAGCAAAACAGCUCGGGCUUAACACAACUGUACCAUAUCGAGUUUGGUUUGAGGGACAGCAGGUCGGUGGAUGGACUCAAGUAUACGGCAAUCUUCUCUCAUUUGCCACCAUUAGAGGUGCUUCUCAUGAAGCCCCCUUCUCACAGCCAGAGAGGUCAUUUGUGCUCUUCAAGUCAUUUCUUGAUGGCAGGCCUUUGCCACAAGAGUUUUGAGAUCAUUCGUUGUUGAAGUAAACAGAUCAAAGGUUGUAAAUAGUGUUGAGCAUUUGAGAGAGGUAUAGGAAUUAAUUGAGUGCAACACAUAGGAGUUUUCUUCCUUCUUUUUUAUUUUUAUCUUUGAUCUUUUUGGGUUGGGUGGGGGGUAGCUCACCAUCCACAGUCUACUUGUGAAAUAUUUGUAAAAGAAGUGAAAGAGUUUCUGAUUUGAAUUUAGAGAGAUAUUAUUUGAUUAGUUCAGAAUA